AUGGCUCACGGUCUAGGCUCGAUCAUGUUUCUGGCUCUGGCUCUCACUGUGGCAUGGGCCGCGGACCAUAGUCCUCUUCAAGACUUUUGUGUUGCUGAUAUAAACGGUCAAGUACGGGUAAACGGAUUCGCUUGCAAAAACCCUAAUGGCGUUCAAGCGAAUGACUUCUACUUCAGUGGUAUGCACAUGAUGGGUAACACUUCAAAUCGUUUGGGGUCAAGUGUGACCCCAGCAUUUGUGUUCCAAAUCCCAGGACUUAUCACACUUGGGAUUUCACUUGCACGGCUCGACUUUGCACCAUGGGGGCUCAUACCACCUCACACGCAUCCUCGUGCUACUGAAAUCUUAACCGUGUUAGAAGGUCAGAUUGAAGUUGGGUUUGUGACAUCAAACCCUGAUAACCGUCAUAUCUCAAAAGUACUGAAUAAAGGUGAUGUUUUCGUGUUCCCUGUGAAUCUUAUACAUUACCAAAGGAAUGUUGGAAACAUGAAUGCGGUUGCGAUGGUAGCUUUGAGUAGCCAAAACCCUGGAGUGGUUCCUAUAGCAAAUGUGGUUUUCGGUUCAAAUCCAGAUAUUUCAACCGAUGUUCUUGCAAAGGCCUUCCAAGUUAGUGAUGAUAUUAUUAGCGACAUGCAAGUUAAGUUUUAG